AUGACGGAAAACGUUUCUUCGGAUUUUGAAUUAAUUCAAAUUGAUGAUGCUAUGGAAGUUGAAAAUAAUUGUAGUAAUCAGAUAGAUGAAUUUUAUGUACAAAUUAAAAAUAAAUGGAAGGAUAUUGAAGAUGAUUUUAGAUGUUGUAACAAUAGAUGUAUAAAUACAAAAAAACUUUUUGGUGUUUGUAUUGGAGGGAAUGGAUAUAUUAAUUUAAUUAAUAAGGAAAUAAUUAAAUAUUAUAAUUGUGUUGAAGGGAAAGGAAUAAAUGAUUUUGCUUUUGUUACUGCUAAAUAUAAAUUCUAUAAAACAGAGGAUUUCAUUAAUUAUUCCUUAUUUUAUUUUGAAAUUAAAUAUACUAAAAUUGGAGAAGGGAUUUCUGGUAAAAUUGAUAUAGAUUUUGGUCUUCAAAACAGAGAUCCACCUGACGGUCUUAAAUGCAAAUAUGAAAUUGGAUUGAAUAUAUUUGGUGAAUAUAUUUUUUAUAGAAUGAAACCUAAUGAUAGAGAAUUUAAAAUUAACAAUUUUUCCUGGAAUAAUGGAGAUAUUUUUGGUUGUGGAUUAAUUUAUCCACCAACCAAGAUUGAAGAAUUCCCUUAUAUAUUUUUUACACAAAAUGGACAAAUAAUUGGUAAAGCUAUAUUAUUGAAAGAUAAUUUUGAUUGUUUCCAUCCAUAUAUUGCAUUAGCAAAUUGUUGUUUAGUAGAAGCUAAUUUUGGAAAUGAUUUGGGAAAUAAACCUUUUAUUUAUAAUUUUAAAAAGCAUCUUGUACUAAAGGAAUUUUAUGAAGAUUAA